AUGAGCGAUGGGCGUCCGAGCACCAGCCUCACAGGGAGUUCCCUAGACGACUACAUCGUGGCUCGGGUGGGCAAGCAAAUCGGGCAGGGCGCAUAUGCGACGGUCGCCUUUGGCCUCCAUAAGGAGACGAGCAAAAAGGUGGCCAUCAAGAUCUACGAGAAGUACAAGCUCCUCGAUCCUCAACGGCGGAAAAGCGUCCGUUGCGAGAUCCGGCUUAUGGAGCGGCUGAGACACCCGAACAUCGUGGAGUUUCACGAAGCUUUGGACACGCCCAAGCAGAUCUACCUCAUCAUGGAUUUCGUUUCGGGGGGGUCGCUGCACCACUUUUUGAAGAAGCGACCCAAUCGGCGCACCGACGACCCGUUGGCAAAGCGCUUGUUCUUCCAGGUCUGCCAGGGCAUCAAAUACCUACAUGAUCGCCACAUCGUCCACCGCGAUGUGAAGCUCGAGAACUUGCUCUUGGAUGAGCAGGGAGCUGUGAAGAUUAUCGACUUCGGCUUCUCCACGAUCGUCCCACCAGGGAAGAAGUUGAAGGUCUUCUGCGGCACUCCCUCCUACAUGGCUCCAGAGAUUGUGGCCAGGAAGGAGUACACAGGCUUUUGUGCAGAUAUCUGGGCCAUGGGCGUUCUGCUCUAUGCCCUGCUUUGUGGUAGCUUCCCCUUCCGCGGGCAAAAUGACCGCGACCUCUACCGGAAAAUCGUACGAGGAGUGUUUCACAUCCCAGAAUUCGUUGGUGAUGGUGCCAAGGCCAUGGUGCAGCGUGCGCUGACCGCCGACAUGGCCAGACGGCCCACUGUGGAGGACUUGCUAUCUGACCAGUGGCUGUCGGCACACCGGGAGGACUCACAUGCCAGCCAGCAUAUCGUGCAUCGCUUGCGGCCCAUUUCAAUGUGGGUGGACCGAGCGUGCAUUCACCAGACAGACCACGACUUCAAGCAUCGUCAGAUUGAAGCACUCCCCGUCUUCGUCGCACGGGCCUCCUCCAUGCUUGUCCUUUGGGAUGACGAUUACGUGCUCACUGUCAUCGAGCGCUUCUACCAGCUUCACGAGCGCUGGCUCAUGGUGGAGGGGGCCUGUGCCAGGCGCCCUGUGGUGGAGGCGGCGGCUUUGCUGCAAGGAUGUCCGUUUUCUCCUCUUUGCCUCAACAGCAUGAUGACAGAGUGGCUGGCGGCGGUGAAGAAAGCUGAUACAGGCUGCAAUUUGUCCGUUUUUCUUGACGACAGGGCCAUCUGGGUGCGAAAGCGCCGUGGUGCGGCCAGAGCUGUGCGGGCGGCAAUGGUGGCGGGAAGGGAAGCAGACCAGGCUUUAGGCUUCGAACUGCAUCCGGCUAAGUUGGAGAGCUUUGGCACCUCACAGCCUGUGAGAGAAGAUUUGUUGGCUGCAGCUGACGAGGUGGGCAUUCCGCAGCAGACGUUUCGGCUUUUGGGUCUUCCUUACAACACCACGGCGGCCUCUCCGAUCGCUGCUGGCACCGUUGGCAAGGUGCUCAAGGCGAGGUGCAAGCGCAUCCAGCUGUGCGGGCAAUCCAGGAGUCUUCGUUGCGCGCUUCUUCGGCUUCUGGUAGUGCCUCUUUUCCGUUGGGCCGCUCCUUGGCUUCGACAGUACAAGAAGGACCUACAGGCCUGGACUGGUGCCAUCGAGCGAGCGGCCUGGGGUGGCAGCAUACCCAGAGGCCGUUCGCGUGCUCUGGCUUGGGCAGCUGUGCUGGGGCUUGAGCUCUACCCGGCUUUCGUCAACGCGGCUCCUCAGACCAAGGCUGCUUUGAGGUACUUUGGCUGGACUCGUGACGACGCAGGUGUUUGGCACACUCGCCAUGGCUCCUUUCAGGCGGGCGACGUCGGUGCUCCUGCCCUGCGACGGCUCAUGCGGCAGGACGGUGCUCGCAAGCUCUUCUUGCAAGACAACAAGGCCAAGCAGGCUGGUGGCUUUGACGACGCGAGGAGCUUGACGCCUAAAGACGGGAACGUGCAGGACUUCGUCUGCACUUGUGGCUUUGCAGGCCCUACCAGGACGCACUUGACCUUCGACUGUCCUCGAGCUACGUGGAGCUCUGCGCGGCGGACUUUGCUGGAGCGGCGGUUUUUGGCGGCGCUUCGCCCUCUACCUCCCCGGCGCCCGCUUGCGGACUACAGCGUGCAGGUCGGUGAGGUGGCGGAGUACUUGAGCGAGCUUGACAGCGACCUCUUCCACUACGUGGCAACUGACGGUGGUUGCCUCCUUGCGAGAAAGGCGGAGGGUUUUCAGCAGGCUUCCUGGGCCGUCGCUUUUGCAGACAAAUCCUUUGGAGGCUUUGUUGAAGGACCGGACCAGACGGCGGCGGAAGGUGAGCGCGUUGCAGUUUUCAUACUGGCUGAAGCGCUCCUUGUUCACGGACGGUGGCUGCGACUUCUCGUGGACAACCAAGCUGUCGCUGGCAGGUUGCUUGGCGGUGAGGCCGCGUGCGAAAAUGGUGACCCUUGGAGGCCGUGGAAGCGUCUGGCAAAGGCGGUGCGCUGGCUGCAAGUGGCAUGGAUUCCGGCUCACAACAAGCAGGCCUCGUGGACGCCUCCCUCAGGCUGGAUCGACGCCGACGCUUGUCGACCUCUUAAUAGGCGGGCAGACGCUGCUGCUGGCUCGGCUCUGCAGCCUUGCAGUCAAGCAGUGGCUCACGCGGCUCGUGCCGCUGACGAGAGGUUUGAGUGGGCGCGGGAUGCUGUGGCAGCUCAGCGAGCAGCUACGCAGGACUGGCAUGAUCGCUUCGUCAACAUGAUCAGGCAGCAGCGGCGUCAAUCGGCGUGCCCGUUUUGCGCUCCACGGGCCCGCGAAGUGUCUGCAGGGCUGGCUUUCCAUUUGCAUGAGGCCUGGAGGGGAUCAGCUUGCAAAGGCUGGUCAGGAGCACUGCAGGUUGGCCAGGGUGACCGUUGCCUGAGGUUGUACGUCAUGCGAUGGGUCACAGCUGGGAGCAACCAGAAUCAACUCGAGGCCACUGCCAGCCUUGAAUCCUUUCAGUGUGUUUACGUGAGGGCCUUGCUUUUCUACUCAGUCGCUGGAUUCUCCUGGUGGCGACGCCGACCGCACUCAAGCCUGUUGGGUGUCCGCAUCGGCGAAGCUGCUAAUCCAGGACCGGGUGCUGCUUCGGCGACAGCAAACAAGAGGCGGGAGCAGAUGACUCAGGAUGCUUUGCAGACGAUCAUCCAGCUUCUUUUGUCAAUGGUUGCGGUUCUUGCUGGGGAUAACCCGGCGAUCAAGUCACAGCUGGCGGGCAUUCAAAACCUGAUGGCGACCAUGACCGGUGGGGCCACUGAUGAGGUUGAGCCGCCUCCCAGACGGGUGUCCUUUGAUGCAGGGGGUGGCAAUGCCACCCAGAUCGACAGUGAUGGGUUUCAGACUGUUCGCCGCCGGGGGCGCCAGAAGCCAGAUCCGCCCGAGCCGGGUCCUACCAAAGGCGGCGGAAAGGCCAACAGCUAUGCGGCUGUGGUGAGCGGGGCAGGCGCUUCUCCUGGCAAAGGGAAGGGCAAAGGAGCUCCACAGACACCCAAAGGACAGGGAAAGUCUGCGAAGACUUCCACGGUUGCGCCCGCUCGCCCUCAGCUUCGUGACCGUGACUGGAAUGGCGCAAUCUUUUCCUACGACAAGGCAGCUUCACAGCUGAACAGUUUGAACGGCUCCGUGUUAGUUCAAGUGCGGGAUGCGGAACAGGCCGAUGCAUUGAUGAUGAUGCUUACAGGUGCGGGUGCCAAGUGCUCAGCCAGAUUGGUCUGGGCAGACUCCGAGGGCAAGCUCAAGCUCCCCAUUGUUGGGGAGGGCAAGGACGGCAACGAUGUUCGCAUUCAUCAUUUUGCCUAUAUCGAUUUCCUUACGCCCGGCACGCCAUUGCCCACGUUGAAGCAUGCGCCUGCUGCUGCCAAGGCCGUUCCCACAGGCGAAGCCACGACUACCAUGCGCAUCGUCUUCGGCAAGCCUUUCUUGGAAACCGCAGAUUGGGACAGGGCCUCUUCGGCUCCGAAGGCUGCCGUCCAGAGAUGGGUGCGGGGCACUUUGAAGAGUGAUCUGCAUGGAGUUGUCAAGGCGGUGGAGACGCUCCUCAGCUUCUCGGGCGUCAAUGGCACCUUCUUGGAGCCUGCUGGGCGAGACCACAACGUUGACUGCGCCGUUCAGUGGUUCGAUACUGAGGCGAAAGAGUCCUGGCCGGAGGCUCUCAAGCGAUCGCUUGAGGCCGCUCCUCGCUUUGGCGCCUUCAUUGGCAAGCGCCAGAUCGGCUUGCGCACUGAGGCAAGUGCGAGCUCUGGCAAAGGCUUUGUGCGCUACUUUUCGCUGCAAGGCACACCUGUUGAGUGGAGCGAUGGCUUGGUCUCCAUGCUUGUCCAGGAGCAGGAGGGCAUUGAAGAGGCGGCAGUCAUCAGAAAGACAUUGAGGAAAGGAAGGGCUCACUGGCUCAUCAAAGCCAAAGUGGCCCACACUGAUGCCGAUGCUUUUCAGAUUUUCGUGAAGGAAGGCGAGGGCGAGACUAGCUACUGGAUGCUCGCUUCGAGACCUGGGUUUACGAGGGCUACCAAACCCAUUAUCGACCGGAAGCCCUUCAUCUUCAGCAAGGCGAAGCAGGCUCUUUCGGAGAAGUUGCGCAGCAUCCCCGAUGGUGUCAAGUUGCAGGCCGUUGACGGAGACGGCAAUUGCUUUUAUGCUGUCAUCGGUCAGGCCCUGGGGAGGCUCCGCAACGAGCCCGCCUUGCCUGCCAACCGUGUCCGUGCUGAGAUUUGUGCGCAUAUGCGCAAACACCAGUCGUCGUAUGAGCCAUUUUGGAGUGGGCAGGAUUCUGUAGGCAAGGAAAUGGACAGCUUUGCCGAGUACAUUGAUCACAUGUCUGAGAACGGACGAUGGGCAGGCAGCCUUGAAGCCUACGGGGCCUCCAAGGCUUACAAAGUUGCGGUUCAUAUCAUCCCAGCGCCGAUGCGGCUUGCUAAGGCUGCAUACAACACCAGCGCUCGUGAUCGCAUCGCUCUUUGGUUUACUGAGAACCCAGGGCAUUUCGAUUGCUUUGGCGCUCUGGGGUUUAGCUAA